UCCCGAACCAGGCGCAACUGAUGCUUCAGUUCUUCACACAGCUUGCGCUUUGUUUCUCUGUACAGUUCCGAAGAGGACGCGUUUCCGUGCGUUUCUCUGCGUCGUGAUCGUUUUGGAAUGAGCCGCUUUGUCACCGCCGUUGUUUCCAUGCCAGCAUGGGAACUGCCGUGUCCAAGAGAAGGAAUCUGAGGAACGAUGCUAUCUCAUCAGUGGCAGCAAAAGUUAGAGCAGCCCGAGCAUUUGGAGAGUACCUUCACGCUCAACCUGAGAGCCGAAACGGAUCAGAUCACUUAUUGUCCGACACCCUCAUUGGCCACGACUCGGACUCACCGGAUAGUGUUUGUACCCAGAACAACAACCACCAGCACAGCUUCUCUCUUCAGGACUCAAACGGCAGCACCGAGCCCAAUCUGAUCGACCCUACGCUGCACCUGUUGCAGCCAUCAGCCAUCCCGUCUACCUGUUCUGAGAGCCGUCUGUCACUAGAGCGCAGCUUCUCAAUCGAGGAGGAGCAGCAGAAGUGUGUGGAGUGCUCGCUACAGCCAUCACGUGUCUACACUAUCAGCGGCGAGAGCGCCAUGCUGGCUGGCAGCCGUACCAGCAAGGAGAGCUUGGAGCUGGAUGUGCUGAGGGAGACAAGGGAUGCCCCGUCUGCCUCUCAAGCCCUCGCCCAGGCCUCCACCUCCUCCUCACCCAUCCAGCAUCACCAUCGCCAUGCUAACCACCAUAGCGCCACUGGGACGAAUUUGCAGCAACCUGCAAGUGGAGUGCAAGGAAGUGCAGGAGCAGGUCCUUCGCAACACCAACACCACCACCACCACCAUCAUCACCACCACCUCUCUCAGCCCCUGCAGAGUUCUAUCAGCGCCCAUAACAUCCGCGGCUGGGGCGAGGGAAAAGAAUGCGGCCUGGCGUGUGACUUGUGUCCCGGAGCACCGUCUCGCAGUCACGGCUCACUAGAGCUGGAGAGCAGCGUGCGAGAGCCAGGCAAGCAGCGCCGCCCACUAGAGCGCAUGAGCAGUGUGGACCGCGUGACUUUUAUAGACAGAGAAGACAACCAGUGGUACCCCAAAGAGAACAUGUUCAGCUUCCAGACUGCUACGACGACCAUGCAAGCGAUAUCAAAUUUCCGGAAGCACCUUCGAAUGGUGGGCAGCAGAAGAAUGAAGGCACAGACCUUUGCAGAGCGCAGGGCGAAGAGCUUCAACCGCUCCUGGAGCGACCCGACCCCGGUCAAGCAAGACUCGCUACCCGACUCAAAAGACAGCGGAGAUCUGCAGGUGCCGUCUGCUGCACCAGAUGAGGGAGGCUGUAAUGACACGGGCUGGGAAGAGGAGAAAGAGAUGGAAAGACUUGCUUGUGAAAGUGAUGACUUCAUCCCUCCUAAAGUCAUGUUGAUAUCAUCGAAAGUUCCCAAGGCGGAGUAUGUCCCCAACAUUAUUCGCAGAGAUGACCCUUCCGUUAUCCCCAUACUUUAUGAUCAUGAGCAUGCUACAUUCGAUGAUAUUUUGGAGGAGAUUGAGAAAAGACUGACUUCCUAUAGGAGAGGAUGCAAGAUCUGGAGCCUGCUAAUCUUCUGUCAGGGUGGGCCAGGGCAUCUGUACCUACUGAAGAAUAAAGUGGCCACGUUUGCCAAGGUGGAGAAAGAGGAGGACAUGAGCCAGUUUUGGAAAAGGCUAAGCAGGUUUAUGAGUAAAGUAAACCCAGAGCCUAACCUGAUCCAUGUCAUGGGCUGCUAUGUACUGGGGAAUCCUAAUGGAGAAAAGCUGUUCCAAAAGCUGAAGAACCUGAUGAGGCCUUAUUCAGUCACCUUUGAGUCACCACUGGAGCUAUCUGCACAGGGAAAAGAAAUGAUCGAAACGUAUUUUGAUUUUCGCCUCUACCGAUUAUGGAAGACGCGACAGCACUCAAAGCUCAUGGACUAUGAGGAUCUGUUGUGACCCAGAGAUCCUGAGAGCGUGGGUCCUAGCAGACAGAACUCCCCCUCACCCCCUUCCUGUGAAACACCACAUCCCACUAGCUCUCAUUAAAGAGAACAGGAACUGGACAUCGUGCCACUGGUAUCGGAGAGUUAUUAUGUAUUCCGACUCCUCACUCGAGACCAUGAAACAAGAGUGUGGCAGAUGGGUUCAGGGCUGAAGACCGAGACAAGGGGGGACAUGUGCCAAGGACAGCAUUUCAUGUCAGUAAACAAAGUGAAAUCUCUCCUUGGUGGCAGUGUAAAAGAAUGGAGGCUGACUGUUCAGUGUUUUCUAUGUCACAUAUCUAUUUCACCAAGGCUCUCUCUGUUGAAGAGUAUCGUACUUCUUUAAAAAAAAGUCUUAUGUCUAAAGUCAGGCAGUUUUUGAAACUUUUGUUUUUCAAAAAUACAAUUGAGACAUGAGAAGAAAUCAUACUGGUAAUAUAUGGAUAUGCAUACAUCUUGUUAAUAUGUUAUGUAGCCAUAGUCAUGCAAAUAAUCCAAAUGUCAGUGCUCCAUAAUUUAUAUAAUGUUGUUUAUUGUUGUGGUCUUUUUAAUGACGUCCUUUGAAUAACUCAGGUUUUAGCCAUUUAUGAGUAUGUCCAUUAAACCUCUGUCCAGAUGUGAGUAGGAGUCCUUGUUAAGUAUCUUGUGUGAAGACCGUAUACUCUGCUGACUUAUACGUUAUCAAUAAUCACUAGAGAAGAUGCCAGAAAAUUCUUCUAGCCAAUCUUUUUGAAUAUGUUUCCCAUAUUGUAGUCUGAAAUCUUUGUUUCACUGUAGAUUAAUUCAGUUUUUGGGCCUCUAACAGGAUAUCUGGCUGGAUAUCCUAGGCGUUUUUGAGCUUCUAGCUUAGACAUUUCUUAGCAGAAACCAUUAGAAGAAUUCCAUUUCCACAGGUCAGCUCACUGCAGUAUGGGAAAUGGGACUGCACUAGUGAGGUGUCAGCAAUUAUACAGCAUUGCUGCAAUGCUGCAGUGGGGCACAAAUGCUGAAUGAACUAAAAUCUAUUUUUGUGGACAAUAUUCAAGCCUGUCAUAUAUCAUGCGAUGUCUUACGUCAGCCAUUGGAUCGUAAGUCUGUGAGUCAGCAAAGUUUUUCAUUUGGGGAGAAAGGGCAGUUAAUUACUUUAUUAAGUUCUAGACAUUGAUGUCUGACUCUUUGGUCCCAAAACAUAUUCACAAACAACGUCAGGGACUUUACGGGCAGAGUGUGUCGUUUUUAGAGUCCUGCAAACUGCCUGUGAACAAAAGCAUUUACAAGCCUUAUUCUUUCCCUCAGUUGGCCUUCACCUCUUUUGUGAGAUGGUUUUGAGGAAGCUAAAAUUAGGCCCUAAAAUUUAACUUACGUCCUGAAAAGCUGGUUUUACAUAGUACAAUUUCAGUGGUCUGUUAAAAUUUCUUGUCCCACUGUAUGAGACGACCCCAAUGACAUCUUAGACGAAUUCUAUAAAAGACUUCAUGUCAGAUUGUAAGAUGACGAUCUUUUAACGGUUAAAGAAAAUGUUCUGCUUCUGUGAAAUCAUUCCAGGCCUCUAUAGAAAACAUUCUUCACAUUGAGUUUGAUAUAUUACACACUUUUCUGUCCAUUAGCAUGUUUGCUUGAUGGUUCUCCAGUGGCGCUACAAUAUUUGUAGCUCUCCUGUAACGGUCACAUAAUCCUAUGCCAUAAAUAUAUUGGUGGAUAUUACACAAGGUCUGUAGCAAGUCACACUCUGAGCUAUUGAUUAUAAAAUAUCAUUUGUGAUACUGCCAGAACAUCAGGACAUACAUAAUAAAUCUGCCAAUGAUGAUCUCAAAUCAUGACCAAAUAUUUUGUUCACGUUUUUUGUCUCCAGAGCAACAUCAGGCUGGAAAUUGUACGGUGUAAAGCCAUCUUAACAUGGUAGAGAUUCAUUGAUUUAUUUGAUAGGAAGUGUCCAAAUGUAAUAGACGAUGGGAUACACAUGGGAAAUUGCUGAUUCUCAAUGACUGUCAGUAGCUAAUAAUUAGCUAGUGGAAAGGAGGUAUAGUGCAAGUGAUUUCUGAGAAUAGCUAAAAUGAUUGCUAUUACCUAAAGUGUGCAUUAGCUAACAAUAAUAAAGUGUAUUUUAUCAUUGCUGUUGGCUGCUCUGUUACUCCUGGCCAUAUGAGGAAUUUCAGUUACAUCAGCUAAACAAUUAUAGUCCAUUCCUAUCCUCAGCAUUCUGUGAGCCAGCCGGGAGACAUUAAUGAAUUGGCAUGAUUUUAGGGGCAAUUUGAGCCAUUCUGAAGCCAUCUGCGACUUCUGGUUGGUGUCAGUAAGGCUUGGAUAUGUCACAGUGACAUGCUGAGAGAAGUGGGAAAUUGUAUUCAACCACUAUCAUACUGUCAGGAACAUUUGGUUGUGUAAAUGGUGGUGUGCAUUUCUGGAGACCUCAAAAGCGAACAGAUGGUAUAGGGUCCGGAUUCUGUAAAGAUUUCUGUAUUGUUUCAGUGGCAUUCAAAAGUCUGAUACCACUAAUGAAAAUACAUUUAUUUUGUAUUCUUUUACAAUCAAAUGCAUUUUCCUUACGAAUUAUAUUAUCAAAAAUAACUUGAGGGAAAUGUAGAAUUUUAGAACAUUUUGAUAAUCUCCCACUUAGGUUGACAUGGAUUCCAUGUUUAAAAAAAAAAAACGUAAUGAUUCAUAUUAGACAUCAGUGUCAUCUGAAUACAUUUACAUUUUACAUUUAUGACCCUUUGCAGAUCCUCUUAUUCAGAUCGACUUGAGGGUUAAUGGCCACUAGGGGCAUCUUUGGUUGUCCUGGGAUUUGAAUUCACAACCUUCCAAUCAGUCCAACAUCAUGCUUCAUCUGACCAUCAUCUGUUCUUUUGUACAACAUGCAAAACCAUCAAUUUUCUGGUUAUUAACAGUUUUAAAUAUUAAAAACCUUCCUAGAUUUUCAAUGUGGUAUCAUACUUUUGGAUUCCACUAUACUUGGCCUAAAUUAUUAAACACGCACACUGCAGCUGAUUUGCUGAUUUCAGUAAAAAAGUGGGACUAUAUUUUCAACCAUUUUGAUUUAACAAUAUUCAGCUGCUGUUUCUUAUUUAGAUGGCUGGGUUUGACUGCAAUUAAUCUUAUAUAUGAAGUGUAUCCAGGAGAUAUUUUUUUACACCAUAUAAAGUUUGCAAUGUAAUGUCCUGUCAAAGACACAUCUGGUUGGAAAACACUCUAAUGAUAUGACGUUUGUUUACCUUCAUACUAAAAAUAAUGAAAAACGAUUCGUUUGUUCUUUCCCUUUUGUUUCCACUGGGAAUAAGUACAUAUUUAUUUUCUAGACUUGCUGGCAGAUGGUGACUUUAAUGUGUGUAUUGCUUGAACAGUGUAUCUUUAGAAUUUUGACUCACAUCAUAGUGAAUAUCAAAAUAGACAUGAAGAAUAAACAUUAUUGACAACGCAUCCUAGGAAUUAUUGCUGCAGAUGUUUAAUUUGAGUCACAAUACUUUAGUAGACCAUAUUAUGCCAUUCAUACUUCAUUGUAUGUUUUCUUUGUACAUGGUAUGGCAUAUAUUCCACUUGUGAGCCUUAUGGAUACCCCAUCCAGACAUUAUAUAGAAUUUUAUCCAGCAUAUAUACACUCAAAUGCCACUUUCAUAGGUACAGAUGUCUGCCAGCACAUUCAUGCAGUUAUAAAAAUCAGCCAAUCAUGUUACAGCAGAACAAUGCAUCGAAUCAUGUAGGUCAAAAUCUUCUGUCAGUGUUCAAAUCAAUGAUCUCAGUGUCUUGGUGUCCGAUGGGCGGGUUUGAAUAUUUCAUCAAAUUUGAUGUCCUUGUCAUAUAAAACAGUCUCUUUACAGUCAGUAAGUAUCAGUUCUGCAGGCAGAAACUUGAUACAGUUGAGGAGAGAAAGUUCAGCUGAGAAUGACUGGCUGGAUUUGAGUCGACAGGAAGUCUUUUGUAUCUCAAACAACUCUUUACAACUGUAGUGCGCAGAAAAACAUCUUAGCAUAAUGUGCCCUAAUAAGCUACAACAGCUGAAGGCCAAACUAGGGUUCUACUCCUUACAGAAAUCUGAGGCUACAGUGGUCAGGAGUCUCACCACAACUGACCAGAUGAAGCCUUUAUUAUCACAUUAUAUAGCAUAUCCCAGUUGAACAAGUUGGGGUCAGAGCACCCCUGAAGCAGAGAAGACAUCUUGGCAGUCCUGGGGCUGAUCCCUGACCUUCCAAGCAACACCCCAGACACUUAACCACUUGGGCCACCACUGCCCCUCUCAGUUGAAGACAUGGAGACCAUUUGUAAGAAAAAGUCAGGCUGGCAUGUUUGUUUGAUACGUAUGAACUGUAUCUGACUGGUUUCAUGCAUUGUGCUGCUGCCAGUUGCUGGUGAUGGGAUAAUGAGCAGGGGUAUACAGCCGUUCUUAUUCAAAUGACCAGUGGGUUUACUGUAUAUACCAAUAGUUUAUCUCAUUAAGAAUGUCCAGAAACUUAAAUCACCUUAAAGAUUUUAUUUGUGUUUGUCUUUGUAAGUCAGUGUUCUCUUAAGAUCUCAGUCCAGACCCUACUGGACUUAAACCAGGUGCGUACCCUUUCCCUCAGCUCCAGUUCUCUUUCCAUGGUGCUUUUCUUCCUGGUCAUGUGUGCCAGGUAUCCGGUUAUAUAUGGAGGCAGAUUAAGUUUGCUAAGAGAUGAUUGAUGGUUUGCAGAGUGCAGACAGCAUCAAGCUUUUUACCAGGCCUCUUCACACAAUAUUAAUUUGUUGUUUUUUUUUUCAUUUAUUUUUUGUUUUCUUUUACGGAUUGUAGAGACCAGGAGGCAUAUUCAUUCAUGAAUAAGGUACAUUUCUAAGCCUCUUGAAAAGAAAACCAUUGAGCAGUUUAUUAUUAACAUUCCAAACCAUGUUUCUUUUGUUAAUGGGCUAGAUGUUGUAGAUAAUAAAUAAAUAUUUCUGAUGGUGUUGCUGAUCUCAUUUGAAAUAAAUAACUGUAGCAUAUUUGUUCAUUGUAUAAAUGUAUCAUUGUACUGGGGAUUAAACUCAAGUGUGAAGAUUACAUUUGCAGUACUAAUGUCAUUUUGAAUGUCAGACAUUCUA